AUUGUCUCUUGAACCGACUCCUCCUUUUGUUCUUUACAAUCCACCUUUGUUCCUAUAUAUUUGAUUCCUUAAUCCUCGUGUAUUUCUCCGGCCAUGGCGUGGUUGCAGUUUCUGGGUCUUGUAUUAUCUGAGCUCACUCACGCUCAGACUGGAGUGAUGCCCCCCAUUGCAGAGGCUUGCGGCCCUUCAGUGGUAUGCAUCAAUCAAUAUGCGAAUGUGUUGCCAUAUCAUUUCUUUCGAAACGUCUCUACUAUGGAUGACGUAUCUACAUUUGGUGACACCAUAGUCGCCAAUGGUACUUUACUGAAGGAUGUCAAGUCGGCCAAGUUUCUGGUAUAUGAUAAAGAAAGAGGUCUAGAGAUCCUGGGUGACAAUCCAAGUUAUGAGUUCAUGUUCGCCGUCUCCGAAGCUGUCCAUGAGGCUCCUGUGUACAUCGCAUCGCAGAAUAAACUCUACCUAUCUCAGCUGGCUCCCCCUCCUGGCUAUCUCCCCCAGCUCAUCGUGGAUUUGAAUGAAGACCCACCUACACUGUCCGAGUACCUCUCCGACCCUCCUGUCUAUGCGCCCAACGGAGGUACAUUCCAUGAUGGCAAAAUCAUCUGGGGAGCGUCCGGCGGUAACCGAUCAAUCGGAGGUAGUGAACAGCGCAUCUCUUUGAGGACACUGGACCCGGAAACCAAUAAGUCGGUCACCCUGUUAAACAAUUACUUCGGAUAUUAUUUCAAUACCAUUGACGACCUGGCGGUGCAUCCAAAGACAGGGGACAUUUGGUUCACAGAUCCUCAGUAUUCGUGGUUCAAUGCUCUCACCGACACUCCCCCCCAGCUUCCAAGUGCCAGUUACAGGUACAAUGCCUCGUCGGGCGCGGUUUUCGUGGUUGAUGACUCUAUUGGCCAGCCAAAUGGCAUUGCAUUUAGCCCGGGAGGCUCAGUCGUCUAUAUCACCGACAGUGCCGCUGUGAGCGCGCCAGUCGAUCCGCAAUAUGGACAUCCUGGCAGUAUAUUCAAUGCCACCCAGCGCAGGACUGUUUAUGCCUUUGACGUAAGCGAAGAUGGUACCAGUGCUUACAACAAGCGACCUAUCUAUAUAGCCUCUGGAUUCGUCCCGGACGGCUUGAAGGUAGCAGCCAACGGAUACAUUGUGGCAGGCGUCGGACGAGGUGUUGAUGUACUUGACCCCUCUGGCCAACUUCUUUUAACUAUCCAGACAAACUAUACCAUUCAAAACUUUGCCUGGACUGGCCCCGAACUCAAGACACUCUGGCUUAUGGGUAAUGGGGGGAUCAGUAAAGUUGAGUGGCAACUUGGAGGACAGGAGCUAAGGUGAAUCUAAAAACCAGGAAAUGUGAGCAUAGAUAUUGACUUUUUGUCGAGUAGGAACGUGCUGACAGUGUUAAAAUUUACAGUGGUUUGCGGUAUUCUACACACACACACACACACACACACACACACACACACACACACACACACUUUUUUCCGCGCUGUCUA